AUGGAAGUUUCCUUCUUUCCCGUGUCCUGCACUGAGUCUGCUGGACGAAGCGGGUAUCCUGCACAAGCUGGCAGGAGUUCAACGUUUUCAUGGAAGAAGGGUGGCACAGACCAAGAGACCCAGCAGAACGAUAGGAAAGGACUGUCUUUCGGGGGCAGCUUGAAGUCGGAGCCCAGUCGGCAAGCUGAUCCAUCUCGGCCAGACCACGACACCUGUGAGCAGGCCAUCAGUGCGAUGGUCUCGCGCAGCUACAACGGGAUGAAGGAAGCUUUGCAGCUUCUUGGACUUCCGGACUAUCCGCUGAGUUUCGUGCCAGGUAGGGAACUGAAACUUUGUGGACAUCACCUGCGCGAGGAGAUCAACGAGAUGAUUCACCAUUGGAUGACAGAUGAAAAGGAUGAUUUCUACAGCGCCCUGACGAAGAUAAAGGGCAUCGUGGCAAAGCCAAUCUUGACCGAGGAGGAGCUGGACCUGUUGGACAGCAAGGAAGAAUGGCAGAAGACGCUGGGCCCAGACGGUGAUGUGAUGUUCACGCGAAGGCAGGACGGACCAAAGCCACCUGUAGAGGAUGAUGACGACGACGAUGAGGUCAUUGAUGUAAAUCCAGAUGGCACGCGCAUGCGAUCUGCCGAAGCACCAGGCGUGGCAGCCAGGAAUGCGACAGGGCACAAAGCCACCGGUGAGGAUUACUACACACUUCUCGGAGUGAGCCCAACAUCUUCUCUUCAAGAGAUCCGAACCAGAUUCCGCGCACUUGUCCUGACGGCACAUCCUGAGAAGGGUGGUGAUCCUGAGACGUUCCACAAACUCAACAAGGCAUACAGUGUUCUGAGCGAUCCAGCCAAGCGGAAGGAAAUGAUCGAUGAUGGUGCCGAUCUUCUCGAUCCAUUCUCUUCCGCCGAAAAUGCUGCCGACCUUGUGCUCGAUCAGGUCUUGCAGGAGGGUGGCACACUGCUGUAUGAGAGUUACAUCGCCCGGAAAUCAUUCGCGUUCGCGGCUGCGGCUGCCUGCGAGGUUCUCGUGGGUGAGAUGAAGAUGCAAUUCGUCAGUUAUGAUAGCGGCGAGGGCCAGCAGCUGGUGAAACACCUGGUCUCAUGCCGACCAGCCACUGGCAGCAAAGCUGAUAUUCGACGAGAUGCAGAGGACGAUGUCUCGGGUGCACGAGGCGCUGUCGAAGCGGUGCCACGUCCAGGGUCCGCACCAGCAAGCACCAACGGGAGGCUUGAUUCGGCUGCGACGGCCUCGCAGAUGGCCAAUAUUCCGGCAACUCUCGCAGACAAGAAAAGUGAUCGUCCUGGAAUCAGCGAAGAGGCGCUGCGAGACGGAUGGUGCCUCGAGUCCGAGCCUUCCAGGUGUCGGAUUGACACUUGGGCCAGGGCCUGUGUGCCAGUGCGCAAAACAAGCCGACAAAAGAUGGUUGGCCACAACGAUUCAUCCCGCAAGGGGCAUGCAUCGAAUGGAUCUGUUUCAGUUCCUAGUAGUCGAUCGCCAUCCCGCUUUGGUGCCCACCCGGUGGUAGAGGGAGCCGAGGGGCUGAAAGCAGCAAGGAACCAAAUGAUUCCACUCAUCGACGAGCGCGAGGAGGACGCGGAGGAGAUGAUGCUGAGGGACCUCAAAGAGAGAGAGGCUCGAAAGCAUCGGGAGGAGCAUGUCCGCGCAGAGCGAAAGGCUGCUGAAGAAGAGGCGGCCAAGCUCGUGCAGGUGAAAGAUGACAAGAGGAGGCAGUUUACCUACGAUUCCGAAGGGAACAUGAUCGCGGUUCAGCCUCCGCAACUGAAUCGGUUGCCAAACCCAUGUCCUGCCAUGACGUUCGUUUGCAAGGAGGAGCACUCCCAAGAACAUCGGCAGUCAGAGGAGAAGAGAGUACCUCGUGCCCGUGACAGAAGCACAAAGGGCAAAAGGAGAGAUUCCACUGAGCUCAAAGAUGGUUUCAAGAAGUUCUUGUCGCAACAGCCAUCCAUGAUGGAGGCCAUGGUGAUGUCACCUGGCGUGGAACUCGAAGAGCGAAACAAGACCAAGCGUGGGGAGAAGAUCAAGAUUGACCCGGGAACCAUGUCCCGGAAAGAGUACGAGGAAGGCAUCCAAAGAGUACCACCCAGCAAGACAGGUGCGACGCCUGACAAAUCCCCGCCCGCACAGCCAUCAACAGCACAAGAGUCGAAUUCUGCCCACGGCGCUGCUGCACUUCCUGUCGUGCAGGCUACUGAAGGGCCGAGUCCUGAUGCAGCCAAACAUGUGCGGUCUGAAGGUGGAUCCGGUUUGGUGACGGCGGCAGCCGCCCCGAAAGCACCGCCACCACGACCCCUGGAGCCUUCGGCUCCAUCAAUCAGUAAACGAGUUCUGCCGAAGCGAGAUGCUUUGGGAUACUCCCUAAGUGCCCGAGAACGGCUCCGCAUCAACGCUGGCUCGCGCUUCCCCCACUGCGCACCACAGCCACCACUUGGCGCCACGAUGGGGCACGGACUUCUUCCACAGUCGAGCAAAGAUCAGGAGUUUUACUUCCCGGGCGCGACGAGCAUUGUGGGGGAGGAGGAGCUUCGUACUCCGAGGGAGCAGUUCCAAGGCCAGAUCGUCAGCAAGCCGUGCACUGAGCAGUUUCGCCUACUGCGGGAUCUGCUUGGGAAACGCAGUCUCCACUGCAGUCUUGAACUCUGA